AUGGACAUGUCCAUUUUUACAUACUACAUCAAGGGACAAAGUAUGCUGGAAAUGAAUAUCCCUCAACAGGCAAGUUGGAUGGUGAGGAAAAUCAUGGAGGCUAGGAAGAUAAUGCAACAAAUGCCAGAAGUAAAGCAAAGACAAAGUGUAGUUAAACAGAUUUACCUAGGCCUACUGGGAAGUCACAACAAAGUGGAAUGGAGAUCUUUGAUGUUUCAUAAUCAAGCUAGACCUAAAGCAGUAUUCACAAUAUGGAUCCAAUGCCACGGAAGACUGUUAACAGCAGAUAGAUUAAUUAAAUGGGGAAUCCAAGUAAGUCCACGAUGCAGUUUAUGUUGUAGUGCAGAUGAAUCACAUCUGCAUCUGUUUGGUAAAUGCAGCUUCUCUAGAAGAGUAUGGUGGAGAUUACUGAGAUGGCUACAAAUAUGGGAUGCUCCAGUGAACUCUUGGUCACAGGUGGUUACAUGGUUGAUUUUACAAUCCAAAGGAAAGUGGUGCAAAGCAAGAAUAUUGAAGAUGAUAGAGAGGAACAACAGAAUUUUUGAAGAACAAUCAAGGAAUGAAGAACAAAUAGCUAGAGAAGUGGAAUGCAUAUGCAACAUUAGAGCGCAAGGGACAACGAGAACAAAGAUGCAGCAGCUUCAAUUCUAA